UAAGAUGGUGGUCAGAGGGUGCUGUUGCUGUACUUCACACUACAGAGGCUGAAACACACAGGCGUUUCCCCCCUCAGAUCCAAUACUGAAAAACGCCGAAAGAUUUUGUACCUGCUGUCAAAAGCUUAGAGUUCAGAAAGCUAAUCAAUCCCUGUCCCAGUUAUCAGAAUAUCCCUUGGAGAGGAGUCCCAGCAAGUAGACAGGCCUUCUUCCUCCGGCCCCCACACCCGCCGUAAGAACGAAGGACCGCAUUGACACCGCUCUCCCUCCCCCACCUCCUCCUCCUCCUCCCCGCCUAGCGCUGCUCCUUGCGCUCCACCCCUCCUCUUCCUCCUCCUUCUCCUCCUCCUCUUCUUCCUGUUCCUCUUCUUCCUCGUCUCCCUCCUCUCCUUCUUCCUCCUCGUCUUCCUCUUCGACACCCUCCUCCUCCUCCUCCUCCUGCUUGUCUAGUUCACAGACGCCUCUUACCUGCAGUACGAUGUCUCGCAGCCCCGACCUCAAGGAGGACCCCAUGGAGUGCCCCCUGUGCAUGGAGCCGCUGGAGAUUGAUGACGUCAACUUCUUCCCCUGCACCUGCGGCUACCAGAUCUGCCGCUUCUGCUGGCACCGCAUACGCACAGACGAGAACGGACUCUGCCCAGCAUGCAGAAAACCGUACCCAGAGGACCCUGCGGUCUACAAGCCGCUGUCUCAGGAGGAGCUCCAGCGCAUCAAGAACGAGAAGAAGCAGAAGCAGAACGAGCGCAAGCAGAAGAUGACGGAGAACCGCAAGCACCUGGCCAGCGUCCGCGUGGUGCAGAGGAACCUGCUCUUCGUAGUGGGGCUGUCAACCAGGCUCGCAGACCCAGAGGUUUUGAAGAGGCCAGAGUAUUUCGGGAAGUUCGGGAAGAUUCACAAAGUGGUCAUCAACAACAGCACUUCAUACGCAGGCUCACAGGGCCCAAGUGCUAGUGCAUACGUCACGUACAUACGGUCAGAAGACGCACUAAGAGCCAUACAGAGUGUUAACAACGUGGUAGUUGACAGCAGAACUCUCAAGGCGUCUUUAGGUACAACGAAAUACUGCAGCUACUUCCUGAAGAGCAUGCAGUGUCCCAAGCCAGACUGCAUGUACCUACAUGAACUGGGAGACGAGGCGGCGAGUUUCACAAAAGAGGAGAUGCAGGCGGGAAAGCACCAAGAAUACGAACAGAAGCUCCUUCAGGAUCUCCACAAAAUGACGCCACCAUGCGUUCAGACCUCAGGCACCGGCGUGGAAAAGCUAAAGGGCAAAUCCAGCUCCACACAGAGUAACAACAAAGACGCGUGGCCGUCGUUACAACCAACAGGCAAGACGUCCAAUGGUCUGACGGAACACCGCAAGAGCCCGCCCCUGGACGGUGGCUCCGACUCAGAACACACGACGCCAGACGGUGCCGACUCAGACCUUGCCGAUCUCGGCCUUGGCUCUCUGCCCGCCCUCUCGCCCUUCUCCUCCAACUGUGACCACGCCAGCUCUCUCAGCCCAACAGACAAAUCCUUAGAAGCCAUAGGAAACGGAGACAGCAUACAGCAGCUGCCCAGCAGUGACUCGCCAUCGCCUCCUCCUGUCCUGGUGAAUGCCAGCAGCCUGGUGAUGCCCGUCAGCGUUCCCGUCGGGCUGACCGUCCGCUCGCCCUUCGAGGCUGCGGCGGCGGGCGACUCACAGUCCCUAUUCUCGGACAACAGUAAUUUCCGCCACCCCAACCCCGUGCCCACCAGUACCGGCCUGCCGGGCUUCAACAGCUCGUCACACAACACUGGUGGGGCCGGGGAGCACUGGCCCACCGCACCUGAACCACAGAGCCUCUUCGCUUCAGAAGACUCCAUACCGGUCUCGUCCUCCACGGACUGGCAGGCGGCGUUUGGCUUCGGCUCCUCGUCCAAGCAGCAGCAGCAGGAGGACGACCUGGGCUUCGACCCGUUCGACAUCACGCGCCAGGCCCUGGCCGACCUCAUCGAGAAGGAGCUCUGCGUGCAGGACAGCGCCGUUCUGGCUUCGUCCACGUCACUGUCAAACUCCAGCUCGUUGUCUUCUUCAAACUCCAUCUCCCUGCCCCUGCCGUCAGGCCUGGGGCUGGACGGUAGCAGCAACGCCUUACCCCCGCUCCACCACCCUCUCCCCCACCACCUUCAUCACCUCCCACAUCACCACCAUCACCACCACCACCAUCACCAUCCUCAUCUUCAUCCUCAUCCACAACACCAUCAGCCCCACCCUAGUUUGCCACCUCCAUCCUCCCCCUCCUCGUCAUCGUCCUCUAAAGUGGGUGGUGCGCCUGGUCUACCAAGUCCCACGGGCACGUCUCACUUCCUGUUGAACUGCGUGGCCCCGACACAGGGCCUCCAUCAGCCCCCUCCGCGGUUCUCCCAGUUCCACCUCCAGCAUCAGCAACAGCGCUCCCUCUACAACUCCUUCAGCUUCCCCGGUGGUCAGACUGCCUCCACCACACCCAACAAUAAUGGCACCACCACCCCCACACAUCCGGGCCCACUGCCCAGCGCCACGGCCCCAACCCCGGGCAACCAGGCGCCCAUACCAGCCUCCCGACUGCCCUGGCUGUCCAUGCCCAUGCGUGCCAGCCCCGCACACUUGAAGCUCGGGGCAACCACGGGGCCGAGCACCGCCACUACCACCGCUGCUCCCGCCACCUCUGUUAGUGCUGCUAAUGCCAUUGUGCCUCCUUCUUCCUCGGCCACAAGCUUCUUGGACUUGAGCCUGCCGCCUCGGCAGCAGCAGCCACAGCAGCACAGCACAGGCCUGGGAGGCAUCCCCAUAACAGAGGGUGGUGGUGGCUCUGUGGAGAGCAUCAAUGUGAAAGAGUGGCAGGACGGCCUGCGCGCCCUUCUCCCCAACAUCAACAUCAACUUCGGCGGCCUGCCCAACUCCUCCUCCUCCUCUUCCUCCUCCUCAUCUUCCUCAUCCUCGUCCUCCUCCUCCUGUACCAGUGUCAACCACACGGGGGCGCCCUCCGGAGCCACGUCCUCGUCCACGGGCAUCUCGCACAGCCUCAGCUGGGACGGCACCGCCAGCUGGAUGGACCCAGCCAUCAUUACAGGUAUCCCGGCGUCUUCAGGCACCAGUCUGGACUCCCUGCAGGAUGACAACCCUCCACACUGGCUCAAGUCCCUGCAGGCCCUGACUGAGAUGGACGCUCCUCCCUCCUCCAACAUCACCUCCUCCCCCUCCACCUCCUCCUCCUCCUCCUCCACCUCCACCUCCACCGGCCCCCUGCAGCCCCCUCCGGCCCUCGCCCUCGCCCACCACUUCCACAACCACCACAGCGCCGGGCUCUUCGGGGCGCCCUUACCCCCCCUCCACAGAGCCGGCUGGGUGGGCCCCCCGUACGGGAUGCCCAUGUCCAACCCCAUCAGCCAGUUCCACUCGCCCCCGCCCGGAUUCACCAGUCCCUUCAGGGUGGCCCCUGUCCAGACCGCCGCCACAGAUCUGCUACAGAGCGCAGCCAUGGACCGACACUAGGGACUGUGAAGCCAUGCUGCUGCCCCCUUGUCCCCACAACUGUAAACCUUGAGUUUGCCCCACCAACCACACCCAUAUCAUACCAUACUGUACCCCUUCUCCCCAACCCCUACAGAGAACACAACACCACACAGAACCCAAUCAGUACAGAAAACUAUUAACAAAAGUAAUAAUAACAAAGAUUAUAUAUUCUGUAUUUUUUUCCUUCCUCCCUCUGUUGUUUCAAUUUCUUUCUUUUUUCAUCCAUCCACCCCUCCUCCCUCUUUCUUUCAUUCUUUCUCUCCUCCUCUUUCUUUCACUCUCAAUUUUUUAGUUGUCAGGGGUUUUCCUCUUGUUGGCCUUAGCAUCGCUGCCCUCCUCCAAUGAGCAAGCGAGCCCUCCUGUGUCAAUCAGACCACUGAUCCAAUCACAAGCCAGCUUCCGGUCUGUAGACCCUCCCCCACCACCCCUUACUGCCCAACCACGUGCUGACAGCCCUUAGGAAGACUAGAGCUCUUGUUUUGUUUUUUAACCCGUAUAACACCGCUAAACAAAACUGCUGCUAAUCAGAAUGAACAUGUCGACACUCGCCUAUGAUGUAAUCCCAUCGAUGAGGGUAGCACUGAUCCCACGUCAUCUCAUCUCUUGUUUAUUGGUGUUGUUUUAGAAGUUUAAUGACACUGUUUAGAGUGGGCAGAGAUGACAACUCCUUCAAAGGGGAUUUAUUGGGAAAUGUUUUGAUUAGGAAAACAGACGAGGCUUGUCCUCAAAGCCAAAAUGAGAAUUAUUGCCCACUAAUUCAACAGACGCUCAACAGACACUGAGCCCUGGAGCAAUCACUGUUUAGAUUUAUUUUACAAAAUGAUGGCAUGGGCUGAACUGAAUGGUUUUAUCAUUACCAUUUUAAUUAUCUUUGCCAUGGCAAAAUAAGAGUAGAAAAUCAGAGAGAAAAAAAUUUAUCAAUUAAAUAAUAAUGAGUAUAGAAAUUAUGCAGAUUAUUUAUCGCUCUCAGUGUGUUUUUCACCCUUACAUUUAAUUACAUGUAACAGGGUUACAGGAGAACAGGAUCUUUUUUCAGGUAUCACUAUUGGCUGGAUCCUGUCAGACGCUGGAGGUUCUUCCCAUUAUGCGGACUCCUGUCCUCGGCCUCUGCUUGUGGCC